AUGUUGCCCUUCAGCAAUGACCCGUCCUCCGCAGAGUCCUACGAGGACUUCCUUCGUGGCGAGCUGGUGUCCCUCGCAGACCGGCUGGUUUCGAAGUACCAAGCGGCCCUGGAUCGAGGAGCAGGCACCAGAGGAACCAGCGUCUUCUCUACUGCUUCCAGUACUGGUGAGCCCAACAUCCUGCAAGCGCAGACACCCGUGGAGGAGGAAACAAGUAAAGAUGCUCCCUGCACUUUCGUCGAUGAGCGGUGGGCAAAUCUGACCUUGAACCUCAUGGAGGAGCAGGACGAAGUUGCCGGCAAGCAGUUUGUUGGGCAUGUGAUCAGCCUCAGGAAUAUCGAUCAACAGGCCCAGCUGAGUCUUCGAGGCUCCUGGCAGUUCUCCUGGGCCGAAGCGCGUCGCCUCGGCCGCCAGCGGACGGCGGAGAAACCCGGGCCCACAAGGUUCAACGAUGUGGUGGAGGAUGACUCCUGGCUCCAGCGGUUCGUGGUGGGCCCGGAGAGCGCUAUCCAGUUCGUGUGGGCGCUGCUGGCCACCCUCUUUAUUGUAUGGGAUAUGGCGACCAUUCCCCUGGAGAUCUUCCCCAUGGCCGGAUUCAGCAAUGUCACCUUUGCGGUGGCUGCCGUGUCUUUGGCCUUCUGGGUGGCCGACGUACCGACACAUUUCCUUUUCGGCUCGCAGAUCCGCGGGAUCAUUGAAAUGCGACCGGCGAGACUAGCAGCGCUGUAUAUGAAAUCCUGGCUGCUUAUUGACUUGAUGGUGAUCCUGGUGGAUCUAUCGCUCAUAGCGUUAGAGGUCAUACGGGCUUCCGACAUGAACCCACUUUUCCGCUCCGGCCGCUUCCUCCGUACGAUCCGGCUCGUUCGGCUGGUGCGGCUUCUCCGCGUAGGCAAGCUGGAAAGGCAGAUCAUGGUCAUCGCCCACCGGCUGCUCUCCACGUACUCGCUCAUGGCACUUCGUGUCGUCGGGUACCUUUCCGUGAUGCUGGCGAUGAAUCACCUCAUCGCUUGCUGCUGGUAUGGGAUCGGGGUGUUCCUCAAGGACAACGGCCGGGGAUGCUGGCUGGAUCGCUCCGAGAUCAACCAGGACAACGUCGGCGAAGCCUACAUUGCAGCGCUCCACUGGUCGCUGACGCAGUUUACGCCAGCUACCAACUCUAUCGCCCCGGACAAUGCGUGGGAGAGGUUCUACGCGAUUUGGGUGAUCCUUCUCGCCAUGGCGUGCUUCUCGUCCUUCAUCGGCUCGAUUGGUACCACGAUCACCUCCAUGCGCACCGUGCGCCGUGCACAACUGCUUCAGGAGAGCAAGCUGGAGGUAUUCUUCACGGAGCGGAAUCUGUCGCUGGAGCUCUUCGAGAGAGUGAAGAGCGCCCUUGACAAAGACAAGCGGGCAAGGACGCGCCUCCGGGAAGACGAGGUAACGUUGAUAAACGGCAUCCCAGAGAGCAUCAAGGUGAACCUUCACAAGGAGAUGUACAUCACUUCGCUGCUCCAGGUGGAGAUAUGGCCCAGCUGGAGCCACAAGGAGGAUGCCGACUUGCUGCGCACUAUCUGCCAUCAGGCCAUGUCCGAGCAUACCUGCCGGCCCGGUCAAGAUGUAUUCCUGCCGCACAAGCUCUGCCAGUAUGUUUAUGUGAUACAGACCGGCUCCCUUGAGUAUCACACGCUGGAGAAGGAGACCGAAGACUGCAAGAGCGACACUGUGUGCUGCCUGCCCUCCUUGUGGGCAGAGUGGCCACAUAUGGGUCGCCUCACUGCGAAUCUCGGCACGUGCUUCUACAUCGGCGUCGGCUGCAGGGACUUCAGUAUGUUGGCAGCUUCUUUCGGAGGUCCGCUCUGCGAGUAUCUCAAGAUUUUCGGCAUCCUUCUCUUGUCGGAGAUUGAAGCUUUGCAGGCCCAAGGGACGGAGGUCAACGACAUCUCCGUUCAAAACAACAUUUCCACUCGGGAUCUCGCCGAUCGGGCAGAACGCUUUGCCUCUCUCAAAGAGAGAUCUGCCAGCCGAUUUGGGAGAUCAUCCUCCAAGGAUCGUACCGAGAACGAGCUCGUAAGUUUCUGA